AUGCAUAUUGCAGUGGAUUUGAAUGCUUCUUUUGCAGUGCAUGCUGGCAGUUGCGUGUGGCGGCUGUUGUCUUCUUCCGUGGCCGUGAGGAGAAGGAAGGGAGAGGGAGUGCGCAGCCCGCGUCUCCUUUCCUGCGGGUGUGGAGCACCGCGUGCGACUGCGUUGAGUUGGGCUCCGUUUCUCGUUGAGGGCGGGAUGGCUGGAAAUUUUGGUGCCGCGUCAUGGAUGGAUGAGGGUUUCUUUGCUGUUGUGGCUGGUGUGGUGGCCGCGGGUUUUUGCUGUUUCCCUUUGGCUGUGGCGAUGAGCUGUGGGGAGAUGGUGGUGGAUGUCUUCUCCUCCUGCAUGGUGGUGGCUGCUGGCGUUGUGUGCCUUCCUUGCGUGGAUGCCGUCUCGUGGUGCGUGAACGGUGCGGCUGGGCCUGCUGUCCUCUCCGCAUGUUGUCUGCUCUCUCUCGCUGUAUCCGCGGUGCCCCGUCCCUCUCCCUCUCGUUCCAUUCCUUUUUCUUCUGUCUCACGGAUCAGCUGA